AUGUCUUCCACCGAAGUCACCAACAACGGAGCCGUCGAGAAGGACCUCAGCACCACCGCUCCUGCGGCCGUCGACAAUGGCACUCCCGUUCACCCGCAGAUGUCGGCCGAGGAGCACGAAGUUGCUCGCGCCGCUGCUCGCUUCGGCUAUGGGCCUCUGGCCCAAGUCAACACCGAGGACGCUCGCCUCCGCCCCUUCGGUGGUGAGUUCCAGCCCGGUCUGUACAAGUCCGUUGAGAACCGCAAGUUCGCCAACCCGGCUCCUCUCGGCCUGUGCGCUUUCGCGCUCACUACUUUCGUCCUGAGUGCCGUCAACAUGGGUACUCGCGGUCUUACCGCGCCCAACAUCGUUGUCGGCCUCGCUUUCGGUUAUGGUGGUCUCGUCCAGCUGUUGGCUGGUAUGUGGGAAAUGGCUGUCGGUAACACUUUCGGUGCCACUGCUCUGUCCUCGUACGGUGGUUUCUGGAUCGCUUUCGCUAUCGUCCUGACUCCUGGCGGCUUUGAGAUUGUGAGUUCGCUCGAGGCAGAUGGCGGUGCCGACUUCUUCUAUGACUCGAUGGGUUUGUUCCUGAUGGGCUGGUUCAUCUUCACCACCAUCCUGCUCUUCUGCACCCUCCGCUCGACCGUUGCCUUCUUCCUGCUGUUCUUCUUCCUGGACCUGACCUUCCUGCUGCUGGGUAUUGCGUACCUGGUCCGCACCGAUGGCGCCCCUACCACCUCCAUCACCAAGGCUGGUGGUUUCUUCGGCUUCCUCGCUGCUUUCGCGGCCUGGUACAACGCCCUGGCUGGUCUGGCUGAUAACAGCAACAGCUUCUUCAUCAUCCCCGUUGCCCACUUCCCCUGGUCCCCCACUGGCCGUAGCCGCCGUGGCAAGACCGAGCGUGAGUUGGCAUAA